AGGGUUUAUGCUUAUAAGCUUGUCGCGCAUUCCUCUCAAUCCAGUUUCCCUAAACAACCAUGGCUAAAGAAAAGAAGAAGAAGAAGCUCGAGCACCAAAACCCUAGCCCUAGCAAACCCGCCGAUGAAGAAGCAGAACAAGAAGGCAGAAAUGAUACACAAUACUCCCAACAUCAAGAAAUUGACAAAGUAAAAUCCGAUAAUACGAAGAAGAAAAAGAAAGAGAAGCAGCUUGCUGUGACAAUUGAAACCAUCGCUGAAAGCCCUAAUAAAACAUCUCCGAUUGUUGGUUACUUCUCGUCGGGUUAUGACCCGUUAAGGAACAAUGACAGCAAUGCUCAGUUAUAUAGGAAUGUGAAAAGGAACAACCGGUUACAGCUUGUGGUGAGCCCGAACGGGGCGCCGGUGGAUUUUGUAGGGACCAAUUAUUCCGGUGAGGCAACGUCCGCUCAGUUAUGCACUUACUCGCUUGGGGUGCUGGAUAAGGAAACCCAAACUCUCAAGAUUGUACCUAUUGCUGCUAACAAGAUAAUUAGGUUGGAACCUAGAGUUAGAGGGUCAGAUGCACCGGAAAAUGAAGAUCCAGAUACAGUCAAGCAAGAACUCACUGCAGAAGAGAGGACUGACAAAAUGAGAGAAUUAACUCAAAUGUACUCAUCAAAGAAAUCUAUAAGACAGGCUAGGAAGCUUGAUUCGCUACGUCAACAAGAAGAUACUGGAAAUCAAGAGGAAUUUGACAGGAAUAUAGCCGGGGCAAUAAACAAAGAGGCUCUUGAAGUAGCCGUUACCACAGAUAAUGCUCGAAAUAUACCACCACAUGAUCUGGCAGCCACGGCGCCAGAGUUGGCAUAUCCACUGAACAGGAUUAUUCUCGAAGGAGAGUGGGAUUAUCUUUUGGAUGUUUUGAAGCUCACAGAAGCUGGAGCAGAAAUGAAACCUGAUCUUUAUCCAAGCUUUGUUUGCAACAGAUCCUACAAAUUGGAACAUAUACAGAAUGAAGAGGAGAAGAGAAGACUGGCAGGCAUAUUAUCAUACAUUACACAUCUUGUUAAGUUCAAGGAUAAACAUUCUAUGGAUGGUGUAUCAUCUGCAAAGCAUCACAAGAUUCCUGGCAUGUUGUUCCAGAAGUUCUCUUCAAUGUUUGCUGUUCCAGAUUCUAAAAGGAUUCCGGAUGAAAAAAAAGCUCUUCUUAUCAACUACGUGUUGGUGCUUACUCUCUUCGUUGAUGAUUUUCGUAGCGAUCUAUCUGAUAUAGCCAAAGAUUUAAGAAUGGAUAUUGGAGCAUUGCGACCUCACUAUGAGUACUUAGGUUGCAAGCUUGUUCGUGAGAAACAUGUAUUGUUGGCUACACUUCCCGUUCCACUGAAAUUUCAAACUGUGAGGAGGAAGCGAAGAAGGUAGAUUCUCUUUUACAUAGUUACAGGAGUAAUGGAGAAGAGCCAAUUCAGCCAACAAUACAUGUUUGAUAUUGUUUGAUAUUCAGCCAAUCCAGCCAAUUCAGCAGUGCGAAUGAGGAGGUGAUUUUCAGCUUACCUAUAUUAAAACAGGAACAUGUUUGAUAUUUGAGAUCUGAUGAAGUACAGUAUGUUCUUCAUUACAAACCUCAGAUCUUCCAUGAUGUCGUAUUUGUUUGCCAUCAAUUUUGAAAACCUAUUUAUUGAAAGUUGAAACUUGACUUUCUAAUAGGAAGAGUUGUAAUGAAUGGUGCAUGGAUAUCAUACAUCACAUUUGAUUUGCAGUUGUCAA